CUGAGCCACUCAGUAUGAAUACAACAGACAGUGGGGUUGGUGGCCUUUGUGCAAUAUGUGGAGACAGAGCCACUGGCAAGCAUUAUGGCGCCUCCAGUUGUGACGGAUGCAAGGGGUUCUUCCGGCGCAGCAUACGAAAGAACCACGUUUACACUUGCAGAUUUAGCCGGCAAUGUAUUGUUGAUAAGGACAAGAGAAAUCAAUGCAGAUACUGUCGUUUAAAAAAGUGUUUUCAUGCUGGGAUGAAGAAGGAAGCUGUACAGAAUGAACGGGACAGGAUAAGCACGAGACGAAGCAUUUUUGACAGCAGUAACAUUCCUUCUAUUAACACAUUGUCCCAGGCUGAAGUGCUCUCUCGUCAGAUCCCUGUUUCAAACUCCACUUCUAGCACUACUGACAUAAAUGUUAAGAAAAUUGCCAGUAUUAGUGAUGUUUGUGAAUCUAUGAAACAACAGCUCUUGGUUCUCGUGGAGUGGGCAAAAUAUAUUCCAGCUUUCUGUGAACUGCGUCUGGAUGAUCAGGUUGCUCUAUUAAGAGGACAUGCUGGAGAACACCUGUUGCUUGGAGCAGCAAAACGGUCUAUGCCUUACAAGGACAUCAUUCUUUUAGGUAAUGAUUUUGUAAUCCAUCGAAACAGUUCUGUAAUGGAGAUCAGUCGAGUUGCAAACCGGAUUCUGGAUGAGAUUAUACAACCAUUUCAGGAACUUCAAAUUGAUGAUAAUGAAUAUGCUUGCCUGAAGGCAAUUGUCUUCUUUGAUCCAGAUGCAAAAGGAUUGAGUAACCCAACGAAGAUUAGGAACAUGAGGUUUCAAGUUCAGAUCAGUCUGGAGGAUUACAUCAAUGACCGUCAGUAUGACUCCAGGGGACGCUUUGGAGAACUCCUGCUACUUUUGCCUACUCUCCAGAGUAUUACCUGGCAAAUGAUUGAACAAAUACAAUUUGUGAAACUAUUUGGUAUGGUUAAAAUUGACAGCCUACUACAGGAAAUGUUGCUAGGAGGUAUGUCUAAUGAUUCUGCUAAUCUCCAUCCAGUACAUUCUCACCUAGCCCAAGAUCCACUUACUGGGCAAACUCUGCUUAUAAGUUCAGUGACUGGCCCUGAACAGAUUUCAACUCCUGAAACUCCACUGCCUUCUCCUCCACAAGGCUCUGGCCAGGACUACAAGAUACCUACAAACCAAGUUACAGUUAUUGCACAGCAGUCUCUUCUGAAACAAAAGUCAUUGUGAUAUUCAUCAAUACUUUUUGUAAAACAAGCACUGUGUUUCACCCAUUACGACACUGGAAGAUUCAGGACAGAAAAUUUCAAACUGUCAUUAAAAUAAACAAAGAUUAUUUGGAGACAUAUUUGGGUGUUGUUGUUGUGUCUCCAUUUGGAGACAAGUUUGGGUGUUGUCAUUUUCUUUACCAGGGA